AUGUCCCCCAAACCCAUCGCCCUCAUCCUCGGCGCAGGCCCCAACGCCGGCACUGCAAUCGCCUCCUCCCUCUCCUCCCUCGGCUACCGCAUCGCGACCGCCUCCCGCAGCGGCACCUCCACCUCCACCUCCACCCUCUCCCUAACCGCCGACUUUACCAAUCCCUCCAGCAUCCCCCCACUCUUCACCCGCAUCCACACCGACCUCCACGCCUACCCCAGCAUCGUCGUCUACAACGCCGCCACCAUGACUCCCCCCUCUGACGCCGGUGUCGUAACGUCCGUCCCUGCCGACAAGUUUACCGCGGACCUGAAUGUAAAUGUUGUGAGUCCGUAUGUGGCAGCGCAGGAGGCGGUGAAGGGGUGGAAAGAGAUGGGCAAGGAAGCGGGGGGAGGGGAAAAGACGUUUAUUUUUACGGGGAAUAUGUUGAAUCGGACUAUUUUGCCGGUGGAUGCGUUGGUGACGCUGGGGGUGGGCAAGAGUGCGAGUGCGUAUUGGGUUGGGCUUGCGGAUGAGAUUCACAAGGGGGAGGGAUAUCGUUUCUUCUACACUGAUCAGAGACAGCCGGAUGGCAGUCCAAUGGGUAAUGUGGUUGAUGGGCCUGCUCACGGCGAGUUCUACGCUCAACUGGUGCAACGCACAAACGAGGUUCCUUGGCUGGCUACGUUUGUAAAGGGAAAAGGCCAUGUCAGGUUUGAUGGGUGA